GAGAGAAAGUGAGAUAGAAAGAGAAAGUGAGAGAGAACCGCCUCCUUCGUAUUUGUGAAGAAGCCGUAUUACAGUUGCUUUAUUAAUGUUGGAGCAUCGUCUGUGUAGUUUUCUCUCUCUAUUCGCGCGUAAUGCAAUAUUUGGAAACAGUUGAUCGUAUUUAUGUCAACAAUCAUUGGAAUUGUAUCAGGAAUCUGUGGUUUCAGAGCUGAAUCACUAUUCAACGAUGGUUUUGAUGAUUAUAUUGAGAUAUGAGACGGAGGACGAGGGUUUUCCUCUGUGAAUUCAGGCAUCUUGAUUCUCUCUGUUUCAGGGAUUAUUCUUAAACUGCUUGGCAUCUCAGAAAUAGGGUUUGUUUCGGACUGAUUUGUCUUUGUUUUCACUGAUUUUGGGCGGCGCGAUUUUGCAACCAACUUCAUAAAAUAAGCUUUGAUGUUGAGGCCUCUUUCUCUGCGCCAUUAGGAACUUGUAAUUUCAUAGUUUUAAUUAAAAUUCUAAUAUGGGUCAGAUGAUUCAAGUUCUUAAACAAAGAUUUUCAUCCCUGUUGCUUAGUUUAGCUUCAUUCCACUGUUUGGGAUGUUAUUGUGACGCAUUCCCUAUCUAAUCUAGUGGUGUCACUACCAGUGCAUUGAGCAAUUGAAUUUUUCUCAAAAUUCAGGCCGACCAUUGAGAAACGGGGUUUUUCUUUCUUUAAUUCCACUGCUGAGAACUGAGAAUUGGGUCUUUCUCACCCUGAAUUCACAGGUUGAGCAUUUACUAUGGUGAAAGCCUUGGUUAGUUGAUCUUUAACAAGGAUGCUUGGGGCCGUUCAAAUAGGGGUCCUGGCAGCCUGCAUCGUUCUCUUUGUACCCAUGGGCAUGGCAGGAUGGCACCUCAGUCGCAACAAGAUGCUGUUCUUCAGUGGUGCCCUCUUCAUUACUCUGGCUGUUGGUGUUCAUCUCAUGCCAUAUUUCCCUUCUCUCUCUAGCAUUGUAUCCACUUUCUCAUCUGUGGUUGUUGUAGAAAACAGAGAUUCUUGUAUUUCAUUUUUGCAUGAUAUGGACUGGAAAAAUGAUUCUAUGCUCGGUGAGUUAUCCAUGAAUUCCUCAAGUUCAAAGCAAUCUUGGACUUGGUCUCAAUCUAGCCAUGUCCUUUCUUGUGAAUUUCAAAAAUUGGGGAGAACCCAUGUUUUGGAUCUUCUCAAUGGAUCAUGGAUUGUGGUCUCUGGUGAUUCAGAAGCUCGUUUGUUUGUUCUCUCUCUACUAGGACUCAUGCUAGGCACAACGGAAUCUAUAGAAAAUGAUCUCUUCAAAAGGCAUAGCAACUAUGAGACUUUGGUGGAAGAAAAUGGUGCAAAAGUGGACUUCAUAUGGGCGCCUUUCCCUAUCAAUCUCACAGAUAUUUUGAAGAAAUUUGAGAAAGAACACAAGUAUCCCGAUGUCUUAGUGAUGGGUUCUGGUCUAUGGCAUAUGCUUCAUUUCACAAAUGCUUCGAACUAUGGGGAGUUGUUGGGGUCAAUAAGGAAAUCAGUGGUUUCUUUGUUGCCAUUUUCACCUGAAUUUGGCAUUGAUGGGCCAGUUGCAGGGUCGGUUUCAAUUCAAUCCCCACAUAUGUUUUGGCUUGGGAUGCCUUUGCUUAUUAAUUCAAUGCUCAAUACUGAGGCCAAGAAGGAGAAGAUGACUGAGAAGAUGUGUGAUGCCUAUGAGAGUGAACUCUAUAGGAGUAGGCUCUUGCGCAGAUCUGGUGGGCCUCUUGUGCUUCUUGAUAUUAGGUCUUUAAGCCUUGGUUGUGGUUCGCAUUGUACAGAGGAUGGAAUGCAUUAUGAUGUGUUGAUAUAUGAUGCGGCUGUUCACAUCAUGCUAAACGCUUUGUUGAUUGAAUCUCAUCAGAGAAUUUGAGUUGAGUAGUUGACCUUUGGUUUUUUUACUUGCUCUAUUUGGGAUCUUGAUGGCUGCCUGUUUUAUACAUGGAUUUGGCUUGCAUGCUGCAUUCGACAUUAAUGAGGUACAGACUCUUCCAAUUCCAAGUUCGCGGCUGUGGGGAUUCCUUUUUUGAUUCCAUAGAGUUCGAAACUAGUUCGACCUACUUGUAUGAGAAAAGCAAUUUGAUUGUUUUUGUUUUGCAUUGACUACAUACUGAUCCUUCCAAGAAAUAAUUUUUGGGAUGUAAUGAUAUUCCACAUAUUUAGUCUUCACCGACUAAAUCAGUCAGUGUUUUAACAUUUGAUUACACAAAGGGAAAUUAUGUUC